CUUCUCGAGUGUUUUCAUCAGAAACGGCAUAAGUGUUAGAGAGGCCGAUUUAGGGUUUAAGGUUUUAAGCUUUAGAGAGAGAAAGAAGAAAAGAAGAAGAGAGAGAGAGAAUGAGCAGGAGCUUAGGGAUACCGGUGAAACUCUUGCACGAGGCGACCGGUCAUGUGGUGACGGUGGAACUGAAGAGUGGAGAGCUAUACAGAGGAGGUUUGGUCGAGUGCGAAGACAACUGGAACUGUCAACUCGAAAACAUCACCUUCACAUCUAAGGAUGGGAAGGUUUCUCAACUGGAGCAUGUUUUCAUCCGGGGAAGCAAAGUGAGGUUCAUGGUCAUACCAGAUAUGCUAAAGAAUGCUCCAAUGUUCAAACGCCUCGAAUCUAGAAUCAAGGGUAAAAGCUCUGCGUUAGGAGUUGGCCGAGGCCGUGCUGUUGCAAUGCGAGCAAGGGCUCAAGCUGCAGGGCGCGGUGGUCCCCCAGGAGGAGGAAGAGGAAUGGCACCUCCACCAGUAAGGCGGUGAUUGUGAUGUUUGUGGAGAUAUUUUUCUGAGUCUAAUUAUCUUCUCUUAUGAGGCAAGAAAAAAAGAUGGUGUAAAAAAACAGUUGAAGAAAAAAUUAACAUCUUUUUUUUACAUUUGAGUGUUGUUUUCAAACGUUUGAAACUCGAGUUAUGUGAUAGCCUUUCCUUAAAUCUCUCAUUUCUAGUAUGUGUUCUUUUUUGUUAAAAUUCUCUUCAGAGUAAUUGAAUAGAAUCACUACAAUUCUACUACUUCUAUUCAUUGUAUUUUUAUUGAUUGUUGCAUA